AUGGAGCUCGUCAACGCAUCAGCGAACUCAGUCAACGACGCCCCCGCAAAGGGCAGCAACGACGGGACGGGCAUUGUCCAGCUCGACCCUUAUCUGGAGCCCUUUACGGGCGCGCUGAAGAGCCGCUACGCCAAAGCCCAGCACUGGAUCAAGACGAUUGAGGAGACAGAAGGCGGCCUCGACAAGUUCUCAAGGGGUUACGAGACCUUUGGCUUCCACGUCCAACAGAACGGCGACGUCGUAUACCGCGAGUGGGCUCCAAACGCCCUGCGUGCAUACCUCAUUGGCGACUUCAACGACUGGAACCGCGAUGCGACACCCAUGACCAAGAACAACUACGGUGUCUUCGAGGUGACGGUACCUGGCAGGAACGGCCAGCCCUCAAUACCCCACGACUCAAAGAUCAAGAUCUCUCUUGUCGUCCCCAACGAUCACGCACGCCAAGAGCGUCUCCCCGCCUGGAUCACCCGAGUGACCCAGGACCUCAACGUCUCGCCCGUCUACGAUGCGCGCUUCUGGAACCCUCCCCAGAAAUACCAGUUCAAGAACAAGCGGCCAGCGAAGCCCCAAAGCGCUCGAAUCUACGAAGCCCAUGUUGGUAUCUCAUCACCUGAGCGCAAAGUAGCCACCUACAAAGAGUUCACACACAACAUCCUGCCAAGGAUCAAACAUCUGGGAUACAAUGUCAUCCAGCUCAUGGCAGUCAUGGAGCACGCCUACUACGCCAGCUUUGGCUACCAAAUCAACAGCUUCUUCGCUGCGAGCAGUCGCUACGGUUUCCCAGAUGAGCUCAAAGAGCUGAUCGACACUGCACACGGCAUGGGCAUCACGGUGCUGCUCGACGUUGUCCACAGCCACGCGUCGAAGAACGUCCUUGAUGGACUCAACAUGUUCGAUGGCAGCGAUCAUCAGUACUUCCACGAGGGUGCUAAAGGUCGACAUGAGCUGUGGGACAGCAGGCUGUUCAACUAUGGCAGCCAUGAAGUCCUCCGUUUCCUGCUUAGCAAUCUACGAUUCUGGAUGGAAGAGUACCAGUUCGAUGGUUUCCGUUUCGAUGGUGUCACGAGCAUGAUCUACACCCACCACGGCAUUGGUACAGGUUUCUCAGGUGGCUACCACGAGUACUUCGGGCCUGGCGUCGAUGAGGAGGGUGUCGUGUACCUCAUGCUGGCUAAUGAGCUCCUACACCAGCUGUACCCUGACUCCAUCACUAUCGCCGAAGACGUCUCAGGUAUGCCUGGUCUUUGUGUCUCUCUGUCUCUAGGCGGAAUAGGAUUCGACUACAGACUAGCCAUGGCUGUGCCUGAUCUCUACAUCAAGUGGUUGAAGGAGAAACAGGACAUUGAUUGGGACAUGGGUGCCCUUGUCUUCACAUUGACAAAUAGACGGCAUGGCGAGAAGACCAUUGCCUAUGCUGAGUCGCAUGACCAAGCACUCGUAGGAGACAAGACCCUGCUCUUCUGGCUCUGCGACGCUCAGAUGUACACCAACAUGUCUCUGCUCUCGGAGCUGACACCCGUCAUCGACAGAGGUAUCUCCCUCCACAAGCUGAUCAGGUUGAUUACGCAUGGCCUGGGAGGCGAAGGCUACCUGAACUUUGAGGGCAACGAGUUUGGCCAUCCAGAAUGGCUAGACUUCCCGCGAGAGGGCAACGGUAACAGCUUCGACUAUGCUAGGAGACAGUUCAACCUGGUCGAUGACGACCUACUUCGCUACAGAUUUCUGAACGAGUUCGACAGCAAGAUGCAGUGGACAGAAGAAAAGUACGGCUGGCUGCACUCGCCACAGGCUUACGUCAGCCUGAAGCACGAAGGUGACAAGGUCAUUGUCUUUGAGCGUGCUGGCUUGUUGUGGAUCUUCAACUUCCACCCUUCGAACAGCUUCACUGACUACCGUGUCGGUGUCGAGCAAGAAGGCACCUACAGGAUCGUUCUGAACACGGACAGCAAGACCUUCGGUGGCCAUGGUAACGUCGCCGAGGACACGAGGUUUUUCACAACGCCGUUUGCGUGGAAUGAUAGGAAGAACUUUUUGCAGGUCUACAUCCCGUCCAGGAGCGCAAUCGUGCUGGCGUUGGAGAACACGUUGUAG